AGAGCCUCAGUGGAGGGCGUGAUUUCCGAGGUCUGUGUUGCUAGGGGGAAGGGAAGGUGGUGCUGGGGACCUGUUGGAAAUGACGGGAGAAGAAAUCAGAUUUCAAUAUAAAGACCAAAACAGUACGCCUGGAAUAUAGCAAAGAAACUUCACCAGAUCUGCGUGCUAAGGGGUGUGAAUAACCAUGGAGACCCUGAUAAGUGCGGUGGCCCCUCGAUCCCCGGCGCCGGUGAAGAAAGCCUCGGAGGUGGAUUUCAGGUCGGGGGUCAUGCUGGAGCAGCUGUCGUCUCAGGUGUCUGAGCUGGUCACCCUGGAACAGGGGGACUUCGGGGACCAACUGGCCCUGGAGGUCCACACGGCCAAAGACUUUAUCUUCAACAUGCUGGGUCUAGUACAGAAGGUGGACCAGCGUCUCCCGGUGGCCAAUGAGUACCUGCUCCUGUCUGGGGGGGCCAGGGAGGGGGUCCUGGACCUCAACCCAGAGGAGCUGGGGGACUACGCCAAGGGGGCCGACUUCGACCUGGACUUCACCCUCCUAGUGCCCGCGCUCAAGCUCCACGACCGCAACCAGCCCGUCACCCUAGACAUGCGGCAGUCGGCCCCCUGCCACUCCUGGCUGUCCCUGCGUCUGUGUGACCCCAACACUCUGGCCAGGUGGAGCAUCUGCUGCCAGGAGGAGAACGGAUUACCCCCCGAUGAUGAGGAGGAGGAGGAUGAAGAGGAAAGAGGAAUGGGUCACCAAGUCUCUGGUGCUGUUCCCCCCUCCCUCCAUUCCCCCCACCAGUCUCUGGAUGGGUGCUACUUCUCUCCCGCGCUGGUGGCUGACUGGUUCUGGGGGGUGGUGGGCGAGGCGGUGGACGAGCUGAGGCGUUCACCACAGAGAGGCAUCCCCAUCCCGGAGAGGCUGGAGCGCAACGGGCCCCUUACCACCCUCAUUCUCCAGGCGGGGUCCAGCCGAGUGCUCUAUGACCUCCUGCCUGUGGUGUCCUUCCGGGGCUGGCCCGCCGUGGCCCAGAGCUGGCUGACGGCCAACCACUUCUGGGACGGGAAGAUCACGGAGGAGGAGGCCAUCUCUGGGUUCUACCUGCUGCCCUGCCCGGCCCCGCUGGGGGGGAGGCCCGACCGGGAGUGGAGGCUGGCCUUCUCACGCAGCGAGGUUCAGCUGAAGAAGUGCAUCCCGUUCCCCAUGGCCCAGGCCUUCCAGGCAGCCAAGGCUGUCCUCUCCCGCCUCCUGGCUCGUCCCCGCACUGGCCUCAGCCCCUACCACCUCCGCACCCUCCUCUUCUGGGCCUGUGACCGCCUGCCCCCCUCCUACCUGUCUUCGCCUGACACCGACACUCCCGCCCGUCUCCUCCUGGGCCUCCUGGAUGACCUGGCCCACUGUAUCUUGGGUAAGAACUGUCCCAACUACUUCCUGCCCCAGUGCAACAUGCUGGAGCACCUGUCGGACAGCCAAGCCCUGCUGGUGGCCCGGAAGCUGGCUCACGUCCGCUCAGACCCCACCGAGCACCUCCGGGCGGCCCUGGACCAGGCACAGCAGGCAGGCCAGCUCAAGAGGAAGGCGGCGGGCGCCACCAACGGGCAUGGAGGGUCACCUGGCCACAGGUACCCAGCCAGCGGCAUCAUCUCACCCUCGGACGACAAGCUGGCUGCCAGGCUGCAGCAGCUGGUGACAGAAAACCCAGGGAAGUCGAUUUCUGUGUUUCUCAACCCUGAUGAUGUCACGAGGCCACACUUCCGCAUUGAUGACAAAUUCUAUUGACCUGAGGGCCUAGUGUAGUGUUGUGGUAGUCGCACACAAGUAAAAUAGCGGGCCAAAAGUUGGCGAGUCAGCCAGGAUGGCUCGAGGCGCGAAACACUGCCGAUCGCUGCUCCCUAUACUGCCCCCUCUUGGCGGCUAAUGAUAACGACGCUAACUGAUGAGCGUUAACGACUCUGCUGUAACUAUAAGACACUGUACCAAAAAAUCCAUACUGCACGCUCCCAAGAAGAUGCUAGCCCUAGAAAAACCAACACACUUCUAUCGAUUUAGAGACCUCGUGACAGAAAAAGGCUUGUUAAGUUGUUAUCGCGGAGACCACUGCUCUUUAUCAAGCUUGCCCUAACGAGACUUUUUUUUUUUUAGCUGGUGCUACAAAGAAAAGAAAGAAUCGCUUUAGAAUAAAGAAAGAAGCUGCUGCCUACGAAGGGUACGCCGUUUCAUUCUCUUAAUGGUUUAUGCUCUUCUCGUCUCUGCACACUGCUGAGAAUACUGUGUUACCCCCUUUUCUGCCCGAUCAGUGGGUGAUGGCUGAAUAAGAAAUGGAGUAUCAAGGUACUAUGAUGUAACUGAAUGUAAUUCGGUGUGGUGAAAUGUCUUUGAACAGAGUGUUUUCUUUCUUCCCUCUUUCUAUAUUUAUUUUUAUCCCCUCGUUCUCUCGACCCCUCUGCCCCACUCUCUUUCCUUAACUCCCUAUCUCGCUCGUUCGCUAUCUCUCAGGUAUUUUGAAUGUUUGUUUUCUAAUGUGACUCCAGACUCCCUCUGGUAGGGUUAUGGUCCCCCAUAUCUAUCUGAAUGGUCUAACCCAGGGCGGUCCUUCCAUUUCAACUCUCGCUAUGUGGCGGAAGGCACCAAAGAGCCACGCUGGAGGGGUGUUUCGAGGAGCCUUUGGCUCCACCCCAUAAGAAGGGUAUCUGUAUUCACUGACCCAGAGUCAGUCUGUACUGUUAACGCUCAUAUUCCCCACCUUUACAAUCCUGACCAACAUGCAGAUCAGAGAUCACCUUAUCAAUUUGCCUUUUAUCCCCCUGAAAGCUUGAAGAAGUUUCAUCAAAUAAGGGUCAUAUCAUAGGGGCUAUCAACUUAAUUCCUUUUUAUUACAGUCUCUUUGAAAGUAUCUUAACGGUGAGAUGUGGUCAUUUUAAACGUUGUAUGAUAUAGACCGACUACCUAUAAGGAGACCGGUUGGGGAGGAGAGGUGUGAGUCACAGUUAGCUGCUUGAUUGUAUUCUAAUCUCUACGUUACGACAGUACAGCCAUGGCAUGGCUAGCUACAUCAUGUAAUCCCCCUGAGGCUUGUGUAAGGGCUGCUUUCUUCUACUUUUUUAUUUUAUUCCGUCUAGUGUGUGUGUGUGUGUGUGUGUGUGUGUGUGUGUGUGUGUGUGUGUGUGUGUGUGUGUGUGUGUGUUAAGAUAGGGAGGUUAAGGUUUUUGUUUGAAACCCCAAAAAAAGGUGUUCUCAGAUUUUUAAUUGUGAGAGACUUGACUGGUUUUUGUGAUGGUCCCUCCUGCUUAGUAGGCCUGUUUUAAUAAGGUGUGUGUGUGUGAUUAUUGGACGACUGAUCAAGGUCUUUAAAUGUGCUGAUGUAAUGAGGGGGAGAGAUCCACAGAGAUGGAACGGGAACAAACGCGCAGCAGGACUAAAACACCCAAAUGUCCUAGCUACCCAUCUACCCUCAUCUCUUUCUGUGUGUGGGGGUCUUGGGGGCCCUAUCUUAUCCACCCAGAUGUGUGCUGUUAGCAGGAGGAUGGAUGGGGAGACAGGCCAGCCGCUGGCCCUUUGUAGAGAUGAGCCCUAAAAGAAGGGGCCCCUGGGAACUGGGACAGCUGCUUGUCUCUCUCUCUCUCUCUCCCCCUCUCAGCUCUCCGUACUGCUCCUAUCUCUCUAUAUAAUGCAUAUGUUUCUCUCUUGCUCCUGCUGGUUGAAUAGCAUUAAUGAAAUAUGGUCAACAGGUAUGUUCAUUCACACAAUACACUCAUCAGAACACUAGAGGUCAAAGAGAACUGUUAUUUAGGAUUCAGUAGAAUUCUAUGUUCUCUAGAACGUGAUAGAAUCACCGUACUACUGUAUUGGUACGACUUGUAUACAUUGGUAUUGCUAUUUGAACAGCUUCAGUUAGUGGAGCGAUUUACGGACUACUAGUGAAUUGUGUGGUCACUUCUGUUCUGUAUAGCCUUGGUACAGGUGAGUGUGAAUAUGGACACCUUGACAAACCAAAGCAUGUAGUGAUGGUUACUGUACAGAAGAAUGUAGACCCAGACGAUAGUUAAGUGUGGGUAUGUAAACUGCCAAGUAUCAGAUGUUUGUGUGUGUGUGUGGUCCUAGCACUUUCAAGGUGGGGGUCUGCGACACACCACAGCCCGAUGUUGUAAGAAUGUUUGUGAACGUUGCAAGAAAAUGUAUCAACGUUGUCAGGAAGUUUUUGAGGCGUCUUUUAGAGAUUUUUCUCCUUCCUGAAUGCUCCCUUACGUUUUAAAACACACCACAGUCCAACGUUGUGGUAAAGUUGUUUGAACAUGAUAGUUGUUUGACAGUUCGUUUAAAGUUUUAAAUCCAGUGCUGUUUGAAGUUCGAAAUAUGCACUGUCAAGAGUAUCUCUCACGAUAAACCUUAAUCUGCCUAGUUCGUGGGCAUAGAAAGUAGUAUGAAGCUUGAAUCAAUAUUUAGCCUCUAUCUGUUAAAAAUGUAAACACACUUUGAUCCGGGUGCAGAAUAUCAAUAUAAAAAGUUAAUGGCAGCAGUUUUAUGCAAUUCUGUACCCAAUCUCACUUGGACUGUCUGUUGCAGAUUGAGCUGUUGUGCCCUUUUUAUCUACAGGGAUGAUCAUGUUUAUUGUGAAGUUUAAAAGGUCUAUGUAGAAAUCAGUUCUGCCCAGGGUUUCUAUAUCUAUAGAAUACGAAAUGCGUGUUCGACGAUAUGACAUUUAUCAAACAUUCAGACAGCCUUCUCCCAUUGCUUUCCUGUUUUGAAAUCUGAUAUCGCGUAAACGUCGGAGGCAAUGUGAGGUCACUGUACUGCUAAAACGAAUAAACGUUAUAUUAUUUGGUGCUUAAACUACUGAUAAUUGUUUUUGAUUGAAAAUAAACAAUGAUUGUAACACAUUCUUCCACUGGAAUCACUCAAUCAAUUAAAAUGGAGUCAAUCGAAGAUAUCCCGACCUAAUUACCGUAUAUAAGUGCUGCAGUGUCGUCAACGACUCCACCCCAUAUCUGGAAAUAUUUGCAAUUUUAAAACAUUCUACUCCCUCUUCCUCCAUAAAGUGCAAAUUAAGUUGAUUUUCUCUUAUCAUGUGACUGUUAUGCGGUAUUAUUUUAUUUGGGAUGUUUUGAAUGAUGAUCUUGAAUGGUACUGCCGUAGCAUGAAAUAAAUCUCGACAUCUCAAUCCUAA